ACACAGUUGUGACUGGUAUGAAUAUUUGGUACCGUACGCUGUUGCUUAGUGUGCGCGACGGCGGCCGGACACGGAGGUGAUAUGAAGGUAUACCAGUUUGUGGUGGUCCGCUAUGCGACCGUUUCGGGAACCGGGUAAUUGAAUUCAUUAAGAAACGUGUUGAGAGACAGAAUUUUUAUACAUUCAGAGGAAUUAAAAAUCCUUAAUCAAAAUUUAAGUAGAAUACAUCUCUAGAAGAUUUACAUACAAAGGCUAUUAAAAGUCACCCUGAACGUCCCGAGGUGCCGUUGAUCUACUUUAGUAUGUGACCACAGGCAAAAGAAAUUGACGUGCAAUACAAGCAGCUGGGUGUGCUAUGCUAGCCAACCAUUAUGUUCUGCUCCUGUUGGUGGCUGGUUCAACCGUUAUCACUACUUCGGUAUUAUCUUUACCCCAACAAGAUGCAGACGUGUCUAACACGGAAAAGAAAUUCGGUGACAAGUGUGAGGUUAACGAAGAUUGCAAUUUCAAUGGAUCUAUGUGCACAAUGGACCGAAGUAACAAAAAAGCAACAUGUCAGUGUCGUCCAGAAUUGGCAGUCACUAAUCACAUAAAUAAAUGUGGAAACAAGGCUGCGAUUAACGAAGCAUGUUUUUUUAAUGAGCAAUGCGAGGCCAGUGUUUUUCAAACUGAAUGUAGAGAUGAUAUAUGUGUUUGUAGGUUUGAAAGAACGCCAGUCUUAAAUAAUGAAGGGAUUACUGAAUGUAUUGCAAAAAACUAUUCUAAUUCAGAACCGUAUACUGAUCCAGCAAUGCUAUGCGUGUUAGGUGGAAUGUGUUUAAUGUUCAUCAUCAUAUGCGUUGUACUCCGAUUAUUCAGCAAAGCACGAUGGAGGGAAAACCGUACAAUUUUUAAUACACCUAAUCCAAGAUUGAUGAAUGUGUCUUUACUAAGAGAUAAUAAACCUCCACCAGGAGCUUCUGGCGAACGUAGAGGUAGCAAAUCCAGUACAAAGACCCAUUCCCCUUCGAGACAACCAAGCAUGGCCUCGUUGAAGCCCCAAUCGCCUUCCUUAGGCCGCGUACUCAACCGUGGCAACAAUGGUUCAGAAAGCAUUAAAUCUCCAACAACUAAAACAGCUAUAUCAUUAACACAAGCAGAACUCAAAUCAUCUGAAGUUACUGUAGACAUCCAACAAGAAUAGAUUUAUUAAUUUUGUUUUAUUAUAUGCAUUAUUUUCUUAAAUUUUACUAACAAUUGCUUGAAAUAUUUUAAUUUUGACUAUGAAACCUACUUAAAAAUACUAUUAUUGUCUAAAUUUGAUUCAUUAAAAUUUAUUAUAAAUGUUAUAAAUAGUAGUUUAUUUAAAAUAGCAUUUAUAAAAAUUUUAUAAAUGCAAUAAAUUUUAUAAAAAAUUAAUUUUUUUAUUAUAUCACAAAAUUUCUGUACUGUAUUAUAG